AAUAAAGGUUUUUUUGAACGGUUUCAGACAUGUAAGUCAUUUUCCUUACAAAUUAGAAAGUAACUCCUUAGGCCUCCAACUUGUGCUGGGUGAGCUCCAACAGAACUCCUUGAUUUCAGAGAAAUGGCCGGAGAAGGGAAGGUAGUCUGUGUUACAGGAGCUUCGGGAUUCAUAGCUUCAUGGCUCGUUAAGCUCUUGCUUCAGCGUCGCUAUACCGUUCAUGCUACCGUCCGCUCCCUCGAUGAUCCAAAGAAGACACAACACCUACUUUCCCUUGAUGGAGCUAAGGAAAGGCUAUCUUUGUUUGAAGCUAACUUGACUGAAGAAGGAUCUUUCGAGUCCGCAGUUAAUGGCUGCGAAUGUGUCUUUCAUAUGGCAUCUCCUGUUAUACCUUCAGUUUCAGUUUCUGAUCCAAAAGCAAAACUCAUAGAUCCUGCAGUGAAGGGAACACUUAAUGUUCUCAAAUCAGCUGCAAAAGUUUCAUCUCUCAAAAGAGUGGUUUUGACAUCUUCCAUGAGUGCGGUUAUGUUUCGUGUAGAACCUCGGGAGUUUGGUGCUGUGGUGGAUGAAACAUGGUUUUCAGAUCCAAAAACUUGUGAACAGAAAAAGUUAUGGUAUCCGCUUUCGAAGACCCUGGGUGAGGAUGCUGGUGUGACAUUUUGUAAAGAGAAAGGUUUGGAUUUGGUGGUUGUAAAUCCUGGGUUUGUCAUUGGUCCUAUAUUACAGCCAACUCUCAACACCACUUCUGAGUGGGUUAUGGGAUUGAUUGCAACUGGAAAGGAAAUAUUUCCAGAUGGAAUUUAUAGACUUGUUGAUGUGAGAGAUGUUGUUAAUGCUCAUAUUUUAGCAUUUGAGAACCCUGAAGCGAAUGGUAGAUACUGUGUAGUUGGGGUUGUGACUCGCUCUUCUGAGAUCAUGAAGAUUUUAAAUAAACAUUACCCUGUUCUUGGUCAUUCUGAAAGGUAUAAAGAAGGAAAUGGUGGUGAGCCUGUACCUUAUACUGUAUCAAGGGCAAAAGCGGAAAUUUUAGGCGUUGAAUUUACUCCGUUGGAGGUAAGCAUUAAGGACACUGUUGAAAGCCUGAAAGAGAAGAACUUUCUGAGCUUCUAAAACAUACGAUGAUGUUCAUGAAGACAAUGGCUUGGAUUUUUUAUAAACGAAAGCCGUAGGGUGUGCACCCUAAUUUUGUAAAGAAUAUGUGACAAAAUUGACACGUCACGUUAAUUAUUGAGUAAAAUUGUACUAUUAUGAUUGAA